AACGCCGCGACGUGCAUGCAGACUGUGCUUGCACGCACGCAUGCGAAUGCCUGCACGGAUGAUCUACCAAACGUGUUGAAGUGCUUCUGCGUGCAAAUUCCAGGCAGGCGGUGCCAACGUUUACGUAAACUAAUGUUGCGAGCGGAGCUCACCUGACGAUCAAGGUUCUUUGAAUGGAAAAGUCCCGUGGCUCUUGCGAUGAACCGUUGAGCUGUUCGAAAAGCUCUUGGUAGGGCAUUUAUGCUUCUAUCUUCAGCGUAACUUAUUGGGACUUUGUAGAUUGCUCGAGCAUGAUGCAGGUACAUGAGAAAAAGGGGGUUCAAUUUGAAAUGAAAACAUGGAUAUGGUGAUACCAAAGUUUCUGGCAGCACAUCGUUCGGCUUAUUUUGGAUAGAUGUUGAGAUGCCAUUACUGGUUUUGCGCAUAUUCUGCAGAAUGUAUUUAUUUGAAUGGCGAAUGAUUCGUGUAUUAUUUGGAUUCAGUAUGAAUUUUUCACAACUGCCGUAUGGAAUUGAAAAUCCUGCCGUCGUUCAAUUUGGUGCCCGUCUCCUCUACCCUUGGCCAAAGCACAUAGAUUUUAGUAGUGGACGACCUUCUCAACCCUGAUCUGAUCUCUCGCUCUCCAGGGAUGUUUCCUGCCACAGCAGUUUGUGCUGAAAAAGCAAAGCAGAAGCUCUUAAGUUUUUUUUUUUGUAAUCUCGUGAAGCCACUGUUAAUAACUUCAGUUGAAUUGCUAGCACAUGUCAACGAGCAAUUGGUAUUGUUAUUGCAAAUUGUUCCUGCCAGUGCCAGCCGGAUUUUGUUCAGGUCUCCUCUGGCACAAAACACAACUGAAUAUAAUUGCCUAUUGUUAGACCAUUUGAAUAAAUCGAAUGUAGUUUGGGGCACAUACAGGAAAUUCUGUGAAACUGUACUACAUUUUGGAAGCAAAUUCUGUGGAUUGAUUAGAUGAAUUCCCCCCCCCCCCCUUUCCAAACAGUGACUACUUGUCUUAGGUCACAAUUUGAUAAAAAAAAGAAUAAGUUUUUGUCUAGGGUUUACAUCCUGUUUGUCUUUGUCUCAUUUGGUCUGCCUUUUUCGUUACACUCGAAGCAAGGUAUAUUAGGUUAUCAUAUUCAAAAAUGUUAUUUAAGAAUCGAUUUGUGUUUUGGUAUACGAUUCGAUUAUUCCAUGUCUUGUUUCACCAUGUCAUUGUUUCGUUUUACGCCCUCUAUUAGCCCUAAUGUAAUAGCAUAUAAUUUGCACACAUUUUAACAAUCGAUACACCAUUACACCCCAAGUGUUUCACCAAUAGAUGCACAAACUCCUGAAAUACAACCUAGAAAGUGGGGCAGUGGUGCACUGGUUAGCAGUGGUGCAGUGGUUAGCACAAUGCACUUUUACCCUGGCGACCAGAGUUUGAUGAUUCCUGGCCACUGCUAAUGUAAGUGGUGAGUGAUAUCUGAAAUGGUGCCCCGUUCGGUAUAUAGACAUCUGUCUAGCCGGGGCUUCAAUUCAGAAGACCAGCUUGUGAGACCUGUGUGGUAAGACUAAUUUGAUGAGGACUUUCUUGACUCUGCCAAUAAAAUAUCUUGGAGGUUUCUUCAGUGCUCAUAAAAUCAUCCAUCAAGCUGCUGCCCACAACACAUCCUGUUCGCUGGAUAUUUACAAGUUGCACAAGCUGCGCUAACCAGAUAGAGCCAAAUGACGCAUGCCUGCAUCUUAUAUCUGUUUGGACCGCAUAAAGAAACUGCACAAUUUACCAUUGAAACUUGCAAACAUACAGGGGUGACGUAAAUUUAUACCCGACUGCUUUUAACGAUUCUUGUAAACAACCUCUCAGUGAGUUGUUGUGGAACAUUUUGGGCGAAGAGUAAAGUAAAACGCACCCCAAAUCUGAGCCCGGUGUCAAUAAAGUUUACACAACUACCGUAUGGUCACACACACAUGCAUAUCAAAAUAAUUAUAAGGCCAGACCCCCAAACUUUUUUCUUGAAUUAGAGGGAAUAAGUGGGCGUAUUUUAAAUUGGAGAUUACGGCAUGAGCAAAACUCUAUCCAACGCCCUCCGCAUAUACAGUAAAUAGUCUUUUAUACUGCCGGAUAAUAUUGAUCUGGAAAACCAACAAACCCAUGGGCUAGACUUUUGUUUUUAUUACAUGUGGAUACAGGAAAUUAAGAAUUGUGCUUAUCUAUUAUAUACCUUGUGGAAUGUGUCCUUGAGUGAAUGAUCUUCUCCUGGCUGAACACAGAAAUCUGUUUAGUGUUACCUUACUAAUUGCUUUACUUGGUGUGCGACGAUGCACAAGUUCUACGAUUCUUACGCUCACAAUACAAUCUUGUGUGUGAGAAACGUUAACGAUUCAUGCAAGUUAUUUGUGAAUUAUAUGCCGAGGGUUGAACGUAUUAGCCAUCUUGGAUUGGCUAACGUCGUCAUAAUAACCAAUGAGAUAUUUGCAGAACGUACCAGAGAAGGCUGUAAGGUUGCAGUGAAGAUAAUGAGCAGAAUCAAAGUCGUAUGGUGGUAUGUAUGCUAAAAUUUAUUUUUAGGAUGGACACUACCUGGAAAGUUGUAAUGUAAUAUGUACUGUAUAGCUAAGGCAAAUGUUGAAGGCAGAAUAGGAUCAUAUACAUAAAAUUUAUGUAUGUUGAACUUCUUCUGCACGUACGUAGCCAACCGUGAUAAUCAAAGGUGCAAUUAGCACCUCCGAUUGAGGCAAAUGAGAGCAAUAUCGGGUUGCUUUGGAGAACUAAACCUGAACAUGAAAAGCAACAUAAUGUGCUUGAAUAAGAAAGUGUUAAUUUGGUGCAUAGUUCCCAUUGUGACUCGUAGAAAAUAAAAACCCAAUGCUUUUGACAACAUGCAAAAAAAGCAGAAAAAUAAGCUUAGCAGAUGAAUGCUUUGCAUUGUACUGAGAAACAGGAACAUGUUUCUCGGGAAACGGAUCACAAAUCAGAGACAUCGUUUUUGACUGUUGAGGAAAUUCAGUGGGCUUGGACAGGGCACAUCACUAGAUGGACAAAACUUGUGAUGGAAUGGCAGUCGGAGGAAAGAAAAUGUUUGAGAGGAUGGCCAUUGCGGAGCUGGAGAGGAGGUCGAUUUAUGUGGAGAGCUGAGAUGCAUUGUGACAUUGCAGGACCAUGAUGAAUGGCAACAGCCUGGGGAGGUCUUCAUAUAGCAGUGGAAAAAAAUUGCUGAUUAUAAUAUGCUGAUUUAGGCUGAGAGCACACACCUGGUGCAUUGCUUCACGCUAAUAAGUUCAUGGGUUCAAUUCCCCUGUUCUGUAUGGAGUUUCUCCGGAUUCUCCAGUUUCCUUCCAUAGCUAAAAACACAAUGUGACUGAUGUUGGCCAAACAUUCCAAUCCUGAAAAACUUCCGGCAAAGUUACUCAAUUAGAAUUAUAUGAAGCGAUAUUGCCCCCCUACUGUGAAACCUUGGCAGGACCCUGUUGAAAAAUAGUUGAGACUCACUGAGGCUUUUUUGGGAAAACAAGCACAAUAAGAAUAAAUAAUACAUGGGGGCAAGAAACAUUAAAAUCGAUAACUACAUACUUUUUUUAUUCGAAGUGUGACUGAAUCUUGACAAUUUAUUGACUAUCUAAUUAGGGGAAGGGGCGAGGAGUUAAUUCCCAAUAUUUACAGUACUGAAUAUUUUAAUCAUAUCCUUUAGCUGUGUAUACACAUUUGCUAAAAUGAUACAAGAACAUUUUCCCCAAUGAGAACGAUGGGCGUUGCUAUGGAGCUAAACGGAUUAGCUGACGAUUAACAUUCUUUGCCAUUUAAAACAUGUGUGCGUGGCUCAGAUUUGCUUCAGUGUUUUCGUCCAACACUUGUGUAUUGUUCUAGUGUUAUCUCUCGCAGCGUAAAACUCCGGAGGGUUUCUUUUCCCAGUAUUUUUUUGGCAGGCCUCUUAUGGUCCAAGACUACGCUCUGUGCGAGCCAGUGACAGUGUGUGUGUAUAUGGGGACUGGUAGUGUAGUAGUGGUCGGUGCACUGCUAUGAACCUGGCUACCUAGGUUUGAUUCCUGGCCAUGGCUAACUUCGUCGAUAGCGAGUAAUGUCUGGCAAAAACCGAUUGGGCAAUAAAUACUCCGUUUUGGUGGUGGCCUGGUUACUUACACUAGUUCUGGGCCUCCCCUAGGUCCACUUGGCCUUCAGUUAAUACUGUCUUCACAGGUGCUCGCUAACAGCACUCGCCCCAACAUCCCAUGUAGACUACAUGUAGGAUCUUUGUGUGUGAAUGUGCACCAUACUUUUGUCUCUGCAUGCUUAUGUGCUACAAUGAUGACUGGGAGUGUGUAUGCAGGAAAGGCUUGUUAACAAAAUAUAUAUUUUUAUUUGCAUAGAACAAAUGUGAAAACCGUAAAAAUGCUCCGAGUUAGCAUCUUGAUACGGCAUUAGUUUGUUCUGCAGUAGUUGAUUCGAGAAACACAGAGCUGUUAUUUGAUUAGGUGCUAUAAACUUAAUACAGCUAUGGAAAGUAGAGCCACCCGUUCAUUUUCUUUUCCACGUUAGACUUGGGCAGCCGUCCCUGUGAAGCGCAGUGCAUGGCAGGACAUUAGUUUUGGCCAAACACCAGGCCUCUCAAAUUGGAAUUUGGACGGUGCGCGAUUUUGGCCAACGAGUGGCGUGAGAUUGAGCAGUGGUGGCGUUAAGACCAUUAGUGGAGGCCAGAGGUAGCUAAGGAUUAAGGGUAAGGGCGGGCAAGGGAAUGCCAUGUUGUGUUUAUCUUUACCGUAGAUCGCAGGAGGUCGGAGUAGGGGAAAUAAAUCGACCUAACGAUGCAUCGGUUCACCAAUUUUAAUAUAGAUUAUUGGGCUGUUGAUACAAGCAUCACAUUUAUGAAUGUCGCUGCCUGCAUUAAUGUUGACGUUCCCCACUUGUGAUCCUGCAGUGGGAACCUUCAACUGUACGGAAUACCAUCACCAAUGCAAGUGGCAACACGGAUUCGAAAAAGCUUUUAAGAUUCUAAAACUAUGCCUAUAGGGGCGGAGCAGUGGCUUUGAUCCUGGAGACCUGAGUUCGCUUCCAGCCGUGGCUAACAAAAGUGGAAAGUGAUUCUAAACCCACCCUCCUUUCACCAAUUUGCACUGUCCAGCAUAGUGAGCUAUGGUCAACCCCGCCCUCCUCCAAUGACCGACACUGCUUAGGGAGGCCUUCAUCCAUCUUCGAUUAGCACGGUUGGCUACGUACGGUGCAAAAGAAGUUAAACAUACAUCUUGCAGUUUAUUUUACAAAAGGGCUGUUAUUUUUUAAAAAAUAUACAUAAUUGGUUCACAUGACCCCCCCCCCCCCCGCCGCUCCAACCAGCCACUGCAUUCACCACAAUAGCAAUAGAAAAUAUCACAAAACAUUUUAUCGGAUCGCAAUUCUGAAUCGUGACAAGUGAUCAGGUUGCGAGUGGCUCGAGUUGUUACAAAUCUGUUGGCUGUAUAAAUGGUUAUGGCUAAACUUUUUAUUUUACCAGGCCAGGCCCACUAGGCUAUGUAGCUCUUUUUCAGAAGCGACCUGGCCACAAAUGAUAACUCAACGAAGUGGCUUAUCACGUGGAAAUUCAUUGCAGCCGAAUAAUAAAAAUUCCUUGCAAUUCCUCACUCGCGUUAAAUGCACGAGAAUCGGUGCAGCAACUGUGAGGAAUAUGAGCAUCAGGCUGAGCGCGUGAGCCUCGAGUGGAUCGAAACUCCCGUAAGUUGCCCGUGAGGCUCGCCUGCCCCCCCCCUCAGCCUUUUCUUCAGCCACUUCACUUUCGGUUUUAGUUUUCAUUAUUCUUUCCGAAAACGUCUCUUGCGCUGGCUGCGGGGCAUCGGGCGGCUGCGUUUCCCAAACCCUUUUUUGUUUUCGUCUUUCGAAGAGUCAUCCGUGUUCUAUGGAACUGCCCACAGCUGUUUAACGGAAGUCCUCGUCAUCCUUUCCUUGCAUACAAACAUCCAGGUAUAGCGCAGAGCUCUAAUGCAGGGCUCACGAUGUGCGACGGUUUCACAUGCAAAUAGAAACAUGAUUUUCAAAACACAAAGACCGAAUUUCUAGCUCUCUGUGAUUUGGGGCCAAACUUAACCAUUACAUUCCAGUCAUUAAAUAAAAGUGUUUUUCCCUCCUUAAUGAACAGAAGGAGUUUCUUUAAAAAUAAUUUGAACAGUGUAUGCUUUUAAUGUUUAAUGUUCUCUUAAUAUGUAUUAUGGCAGAUACCUUAAUGGUACAGUGGGCACCAACAUUAGAUGUGUCAGCGGUCAUUAAAAUAGUGGGCUCAUUGUUUGGCCGUACAUUGUGGUCAUUAUAACAUGGUAAUGGCGACCCAUGUAUCCUCUACCCCUUUACAAGAGAGAGAGAGAGAGCACGCGCAAGAAAAAAUAAUCUCGGUAUAAACACACUCCGCCAGGAGACCGUAGAACAGAAGGGGCCAUUGAGAUGCGCUGCAAGCAAAAUCUAUGUACUGAGAAAGGCAGGAAGGAAGGGGAACUUGCUUGUACGCAAUGCUGUGUUACCCUAGGGGGGUGGGAACCUGGGUCCGAGUGUGAAAAGCAUUUGGGGCGCAUGUAUUGUCAGAGACGCAUGCACGUGGCGUCCAAAGCUGUUUUAUUUGGCGCUUUGGGUCCUGUUGGCCCCGCUGGAGGAUAGGAGCCGGAUGUCUUUGUACAAGGCCCGUGGCUUUGUUUAGAUCACACCAGAGGCUCCUCUAAGACAAUAUUCCGGAAAUGCUGAAUAGCGGUUUUAUAGCCAUCGUCGUUUUUGUUUGUUUUGUUUCAUUUUGUGGCUGUUGGCAAACACACACUUUGAUUGUCGUCCCACUGAAAAAAAAUGUAACCUUUGCUAAAAAAAUACUACUGCUAUUUAUAUUGUGGCUGUUCAUAAUGAAACAAUCUCAAAGCACAGUUUUUUUUAGCAUUUAAACGGAGCAGCUUGCAUGCAGGCUUUCUUUGCGCAGCGUGUUGAACUGGUGUUCCACACUUGUUUUGCGUGGUUUAUCGUUAUGGAAUAUUCUACAACAAUUAAUUUGUCGUAAUGAUAAUUUUGUGGUGGAGCGGCGGUGCAGGCAUUGGCGCAGGGGUUGACCAUAACUCUUGCUCCGCUUUUAACAUCAAACAGCUCCAGUGUCUCUUAUCUUGUUUAAAAAAAAAUGUAAAGCCAUUUUCUUACGAGCAUUGUAAUUAUUUGCAAUUGAAGCCGGAGAGCAGCUGCGGUUGUGCUUCGUGAAAGCAAGCUUGCCUGUGGAACCUUUCCGCUCAAGUUCAACUCUUGGCCAUGGAUAACGGCAGUGGCAGGUAACCUACGCACUAGACCAAUCCAGACGAACAAGCGUGGGGAAGAAUGAUCGAACCACGGCGUCUGGAGGCCUUCAGCAGCGGAUGAACACAAGGGCUGCGAAAUUUUCUUGUCAGAUGUUACAUUCAGAGUACUGUAAUGCACAAUGUGCAAUAAUUACAACGAAUACAUUCUGAAGUAAUGCCAUCGAAUAGUAUGAUGCAGUACACGCGUGGUGACGCAUGGUGAAACAGCCCCAAUGUUAAUCCACUGCUGGGGGAGGUCUUUACCCAUCAGUGGAUUAACCAUCAGACCAAGGCCUUGAAAAUUAUAACAAUAAAAAUACAAAGUAAUACUUCGAUAUCAAAAUAAACUCAAAACUGAUAUCGGUUUUAGCGUGCGAUAUGCUACAGCAGUUGAGCCACUACAACAGCUGUUUUCUUUGGAACGAUUCAACUUGCUGAUGGGUGAUGCGGUCGGCACUGCCUCCCUUGAGCUUCUGUUUUGAUGAACAAUUCCUUCACGCCGUUUCGGCAUGCCGCUUUUGAGAAAUUGUGCAUGAACCCUCCCCUCCCGCUGAGACGUUUACUUGCUUAGCUGCGUUAACUGCCUGUUGUUGUUUUGCAUUAGAGGGCGUCUGCGGGGCGAAUGAAGGUGUUGUCCUAAUGCCCCCCCAGGCCCCUAUCCUCCCACUGCGGAACCCAGUGUACACAUGUAAUGUAUGCAUAUAUAAGCCGAGCUGAAGGCGCGGUCAGGCAGAGGGGCUUAAAUCCACUUGUGCGUGGGGUGUGUAGUCUUAAGCAUGGACAAUGACCAACCACAGUCAGAGAGGUGUGCGGGGGCCUCAGCUCCGCUGGCAAGAGGAGAAGAAGAGGACCUGGGCCGGGCCCUGUCUCGGGAUCGCUCCUUCGAUAGCAUCAUCAGCGAUGCACACGCCACCCUGCCCGGCGACGUGAGGAGGAACUUCAACGAGGACGACUACCAGUACCACCGCCACUCGUCUCACAACAUCCACAAGGCGUUCUCCUCGCACCUCCCCGCCCUCUCGUCUCACCGACGCAAGGGCCAUGGGGCGCCCCAGGGGGCGGCCGCUGCUGGUAAGGCAGCGCAGCGACGCGGCAAGGCCCGGCCGCCCGACACCCCCACCAUCGCCGAGGGUCAGGAGGCGGACGCGACGAGCCCGGUGGGGGCGACGGAUGCCGCGAUGGAGAUCACCGGGGACGCGGAGCAAGGGGAGCAGGCCGCCCAUCUUGAGCAGGAGUGCGAGCGCAAGGCGGGCGACGGCUACAAGGACGCGUCUUCUCCCGUCACCUUCAGCCUAGGCGAUGACGAGGAGGAGGGCAUUGGUGCGGCUUGCGGAGACGCCCGGAAGGAGGAAUCUCCCGAAGACGAUGGGGAAAAACGGCGGCGAGCGUCACCCCAGCGAGCAAACGAAGAGCAUGAGGGCGAGCGGGCACGGGUGGCGCAUGGCGCGUGCCGCGCGGCGGUACCGCCGCCGCCGCCGCCGUCGUCAGGGGCGGCGGCCCACGGCUACAGCCUGAGCUCGCGACGCCGCAUCGGCAGCAUGACGGACACGGGCAGCACGCUGUACGCGCGCGUGCCCACCGACGAGACGGAGGCCAGCACCCUCGGCAACGCGCACCUGGAGCACAUGAAGAGCCACCGAUUUGAAGACGUACCAGGGGUUAGGCGUCACCUCGUCAAGAAGAGUUCCAGGUCGUCGCGUGCUCACAAGGCUCACUCCAAACCGGGUCCCAAGAAGCUCUGUGACCGCCGGCCACACGAGGUGUUCGUGGAGCUCAACGAGCUGGUGAUGGACCCGGCCCGCCAGGAGCUGCAGUGGAAGGAGACGGCACGCUGGAUCAAGUUUGAGGAGGACGUGGAGGCCGAGACGGACCGCUGGGGCAAGCCGCACGUGGCGUCGCUCACCUUUCGCUCGCUGCUCGAGCUGCGCAAGGCCAUCGCGCACGGGACCGUGCUGCUGGACCUGGAGCAGAAGAGCCUCGCAGGCAUCACGCACCAGGUGGUCGAGCAGAUGAUCAUCUCGGACCAGAUCACGGAACAGGAGCGAGCGAGCGUUCUCCGCGCCCUGCUGCUCAGACACAGGCAUCCCAACGACGCGAAGGAGACGACCUCCUCCUUCCUACACCGCAACGUCUCGGCGGCGAGCCUCAGCUCACUGCUGUCGGGCACCUCGGCCACCAGUGCCCACGGGACACAGAACCACUCGGGGGGCGAGCCGUCCGUCACCCAGCCCCUCGUGGGGGACGGCGCCAUCGAGAUGAGUGAUCUGCAAGAGCAGAAGGACAGUGUGUCAACGGGGAGCGACCCCCUAUCCAGGAAUAAGUCUCGGCCAGACCUCAAGCUUCUGGAGAAGAUCCCACAUGGGGCGGAGGCCACCAUCGUCCUUGUGGGCUGCGUGGAUUUCCUGCAGCAGCCGGCGAUGGCGUUUGUGCGGCUGAGCGAGGGCGUGGUGCUUGAGUCCGUGCUAGAGGUGCCCGUGCCGGUGCGCUUCCUCUUCGUGCUGCUGGGCCCCCAGCAGGCCAGCGUGGACUACCAUGAGAUCGGGCGUUCCAUCUCCACGCUCAUGUCCGACAAGGAUUUCCAUGAAGCAGCGUAUCUGGCGGAUGAGCGGCAGGACCUGCUGACCGCCAUCACAGAGUUCCUGGACUGCAGCAUCGUGCUACCCCCGUCGGAGCUCACAGACGAGGGUUUGCUGCGCUCCGUCGCCGCCUUCCAGCGCGACAUGCUGCAGAAGCGGCGCGAGGAGGAUGGGCGGCGCCACCCGCGGGAAGAACCGCCUGUCCAGAGCACCAGGGUGGUGGCAGUGCAGAGCAAUUUGACCGAUCGGAGUGGGGUGGAGGGUCGUGGCGGUGGCGGGCACCAUCCUCACCGGGAUGUGGAGGACCCCUUGCAGCGAACGGGGCGGCCGUUUGGCGGGGUGGUUCGUGACGCGCGGCGUCGCUAUCCCUUCUACCCAAGCGACAUCAAGGACGCCGUGGACCCACAGUGCCUUGCGGCUGUCAUCUUCAUCUAUUUUGCUGCCCUCUCCCCUGCCAUCACCUUUGGUGGACUGCUGGGGGAGAAAACACAAGGGCUCAUCGGCGUGUCGGAGCUCAUCAUCUCCACCUCCAUCCAGAGCAUAUUCUUCGCUCUGCUCAGUGCCCAGCCGCUGCUUAUUGUGGGCUUCUCGGGACCCCUCCUCGUCUUCGAAGAGGCCUUUUUCUCCUUCUGCUGGUCCCAGGAUGUGGAGUACCUGACAGGGCGGCUGUGGAUCGGCUUCUGGCUCAUCCUUAUCGUGCUGCUCACGGUCGCCUUUGAGGGCAGCUUCCUCGUCCGCUACAUCUCGCGCUUCACGCAGGAGAUCUUCUCCAUCCUCAUCUCCAUCAUCUUCAUCUACGAGACAUUCUACAAGCUCUUCAAGGUGUUCAAAGAGCAUCCCCUGCUGAAGACUUACACCAUAGGAGGUACAGACUUGGCCGGUAGUGGAGUGUGGGGCAAUGCGAGCAUGGUCAUUGGUUCGGCGACGGCGGCGGCAAGGAACGACACUGAUGCGCCCACCAAGAUGCCAAGCCAGCCCAACACUUCGUUGCUAUCUUUGGUGCUAAUGUCCGGCACAUUCUUCAUCGCAUUUUUCCUACGCAAACUCAAGAACAGCCGCUUCCUUGCCGGAAAGGUGCGGCGGGUUAUCGGGGACUUCGGAGUACCCAUCGCUAUCCUCAUCAUGGUGCUGGUCGACUCCGCCAUCCCCGACACCUACACGCAGAAGCUCGCGGUUCCAGACGGGUUCUCGGUGACGUCGCCCGACCAGCGCAGUUGGCUCGUGAAUCCACUGGGCGUGCGAUCAACCUUUCCCGUGUGGAUGAUGUUCGCGUGCGUGGUGCCAGCGGCGCUCGUCUUCAUCCUCAUCUUCAUGGAGACGCAGAUCACCACGCUGAUCGUGAGCAAGAGCGAGCGCCGUCUCGUCAAGGGCUCGGGCUUCCACCUCGACCUGCUGCUCAUCGUGCUCAUGGGCGGUGCGAGCGCGCUGCUCGGCGUGCCCUGGCUCACGGCCGCCACGGUGCGCUCCGUCACGCACGUCAACGCGCUCACCGUCAUGAGCAAGGCGACGGCGCCCGGGGAGAAGCCGCGCAUCGAGUGCGUCAAGGAGCAGCGCGCAACGGGGCUGCUGGUGGCCGUGCUCAUCGGCCUCUCGGUGGUGCUGGGGGAAGUGCUCAGGAGGAUUCCGCUCGCUGUGCUCUUCGGCAUCUUCCUCUACAUGGGCGUUACGUCGGUCAAUGGCAUCCAGAUGUACGACCGGCUGCUGCUUGCGUUCAUGCCGGCGAAGCAUCACCCGGACUCGGCCUACGCCUCCAAGGUCAAGACGUGGCGCAUGAACAUGUACACGGCGAUCCAGUUCGUGUGCCUCGCGCUGCUCUGGGUCGUCAUGUCGACGGCCGCCUCCCUCGCCUUCCCCUUCGUGCUCAUCCUCACCGUGCCGCUCCGCCACUUUCUGCUGCCGCGCAUCUUCACCGCGCACGAGCUGCGCUGCGUGAGUGCUCCGCCGACACGUCGCGCCGCCUCUCGGGGGACGAGGCGGUGGCACGGCGGUCGGGUUGUCGCACCUCGUGGGCGCUCGCCCAUCGCCGCAGCGUGGUCGCGUCGUGCUCGUAAUUCAGUGGCACAGGCGGUGGGGGGGGUUUGUGCAUCGCCUCUGAACUGGCCGACGAACUCGCUGGCCCAGUUCACGACUUUGCUUUCAUUAUGGUCCCAAGUGCACGUCUCAAUUGUAGCAGCGUGUGUUCGUGUGUGCUCCCGAUUGUUUGGGAUUUCUCUCUCGCGCCCCCAGUUUCUCCCCACCACGUGUAAAAGUACUGAAGUCGGCCGUACAUCCCAAAUAAGACGAUGGUGACAUAGUUUUACUGAUCCGAUGAGGCCGAGCAGAGUAAAGUUAAAAUUAAACCUGUGCCAUGCAAGAGAUAUUCGCUGAUGAUGCAUGCAUGGACAAAGUGCGAUGCACACAAAAAGACAAACAUCCCCUGUAUAGCCUUAACAGCCUGAUGGGGAGAUCCAGGACCAGUUCAGACAAUCUUAACUGGCGUUGGCUGUGAGCGGAAUUCGACCUCGCAUUGUUCGGUUAGUAGUGUAGCGCUCCAACCACCAUGCUACCGCUGCCUGCAGUUGCACACAUGGCCACACGCUGAUGUGAAUGAGACGUCCAUGCAGGACCCUGCACAAAAUAAAUUGUGAAUGCUUGGUGAGCAUAAACUCACAAAAUUAAGAUGAUUAUUUAAUGUCUUGUAAGUAAUUUACGGCUCUUUGACAAUCCACUGCUGGAUAAAGGCCUCCCCGCAGCACCUCAAGUCAUGGAAGGGGGGUGGUUAUUCUUACCAUACUUCACCAUUCUGGCGAGUGUGGGUUAGUUAAUUGGGACAGAUUUAGAUUUAACUCGCCACCAAUUAAUUGAAUGGAGGGCGGCGCCAGGCGUAAUUGUGCAAUACGGUAACCAUGAGGCCACGGCUCUCGUGCACAGUACACGUUGCCACGUAGAGAGUUCAAGUGAAUGGAGAUAAAACGGGCUCACUGGCCGGGGCGUAAGCUCCUCUCCGUUUCAUCCGUCCAUGGUGCGGACAGGCGUCGUGGGUGAUGCGUUUUUUUUCUUGGCAGCUGGACUCUGCCGACGCGGAGCCUCACGUGGAUGAGGACGAUUGGCAGGACGAGUAUGCCGAGGUGCUCAUGCCCGUGUGAGCAGCAGCCGCCACCUUCGCUUCCACCUCGACCGCUGCUAGCGCCGACUGCUCCACCCAAUGCGACCGGACGAAAGCACGGGGGCUUCCGCACUGCCGCCUCUGGGACGCCAGCAGAAUCAGCUGCUCGUUCAGCUUUCCGAGUGUGGAGAGAUAGACAGGGCGAGCUCCUCUUGAGGAGCACAUGGACCAGAGAGGGGGCGAGACGUAGAAUGUUGCUGCUUGGGGGAGCGGACAGAGAGCCGCUCUCGCCAGACAUAUAUGUAUACACACAAGUCUGUAUCUCGCUUUAAUGAAGAGCUUUAAAAGAAGAGAGGUUUCAAAAAAUAUAUCAGGAGCCAAUCAUUUGGUGCGUUGGGCGCUGAGCGUGCACGCGGUUUCAAGUGCCGGGCGCGUUCAAGUGAGCGCGCGCCCAUCGCCACAAUGUGCUCACGCGUUACUUUGUUGGUGCUCUUGACACUGCUGCUUAGCUUAAUGCUCGCUUGUAGAAUAGCAGUCGUGUGUCUCUUCAGAGAAAAAUCUGUCAUCGCAGGCAUCUGCCCUCUGGUGGCGACCUUCGUUUGCCCGAUGCUCUUAAGCUACAUUUCAAAAAAACCUAACUGCGGUAUUUGCACAUUGCAGUUUGUCAAAACCAAAAAAAAUCAAACCUCUCGACUAUUAAGUUUUGCCCUUGAAAAUAAAGUAUGGCUUUUAAAGAAAAAGUAAAAACUAUUUUAUAUCACUGGGGAGUCAAUCCCUGCUGUGAACCACGAACAGGGGCAGAUUUGGACCAUUUCAGAUUUGGAACAUUUCGGUGCAAAGAUCGCUGCGUGUGGCGUGCGUGCAUCCUGUGUGUGGCAAAUCUGUGCACGUGCACGCACGUUUUAAGUGAUAGGUUCGGGAAGGGUUCCACUGUGCUUCGGAAAAGUGCUGUGAGCCGCCUUUGGUGAAUGUGGACAGCUGUUACCGUCUAAGGGUGCUUGACACGUUUGUGACCAAGUAUGUGUGCGUGCGUGUCGGUAUGAUCUGCCUGCGUUGGUUAACUUUUUCGCGAUACGUUUCUAAUGAGGAUAGCGGUAGAGAGAUCCCCUUCCUCCCGAACCACGCGUCACAAGGUCGAUUGGUACUCGGGAGAAAAGCAUUCUGGCGCGACUUGGCACACUUUGCACUGUGCAGUCUCGUGACAGACCACGGUUGUGUAGCGAGUGUUUGAGUGUGACCACGAAGUGCUUUGCGUGUAAUAGGUGUACAAAAUCGUGGUGUGCUCACUUUCGCAGCUCAAUGUAAGAUGGGGUUUUGUUCAACGUCGAACCGCUCGGCCCUCUGGAUCAGCUCCGGCCGUGCCUCAUCCGCCUAUCCUCUGAGCAGCCGUAAAAAUCGCACAACCGAGCAAAGCGAGCUGAUUGGAUGGUUGUUGCCGGCUUGGCAAGACUUGCUUUAAAAAAAAUUCACUCGGGCAUUGUCCCAACCCCCCUUGACACCACCCCCAUCCCCACCGUCAGCAAUAGCCGAUGGCUUUCUAGGAUUUUGAAGUGGAGUGAGGAAUCCCUUCUGUGCAUGCGUGUGUAAUAUUCGAGGAAUCUGGGUAUGAGCGGCACUACAGCUGUGUCUGCAACUCUCAUUUCACACCCACCGUGGUGCUCUCUGGCUCUUUUUUUUAGGGGGGGGGGCGUUGGUGCUGGGGAAAAAAAGUACUCUUAUUUUGUUUAUCCAAAAAUAUUAUGGAUGUCGGCAAUACAAUAAUGUGUUUAGAUGUUCGUAAGCUUCGUGGUUUCUCAGAAGGAUGCUUGUUGAUGUAUGUGUAUUAUGCCCUGAUGAGAAUUUGACUUCAAACCAACUUAUGUCUGUUUUUCGGGGGAAAUUUUGUUUUCGAUUGACACUGUCACCUAGAACUGAAAGGAAAACCUAGGACCUGAUUUAUUAUUAUGCUGCUUUGUCAACUAUUUUGUAACUGAGCUACCUUUUUUCUUCUGCUUAGAUUUUAAAAUGUACGGUGACUGCUUAUAGCUUCAGAUAUGUCGAAUGCAGGUUGCUUGGGACUUGACGGUGGGAAUGUCUCACGUUACGAGACUGCUGAUAUUUAAGUUGAGUUGAGCUUCAUGGGGAUGAGGCUCGCCAGCAUUGUAUGCACCUAUGUUAAACUUCUUUCGCACCGUACGUAGCCAACCGUGCAAAUCGGGGGUGCGGGGGAAGGACAAGAAAGCAUUGUGGCUGCUUUGGGAAGGCUUGGACGAUCGCUGUAAUAAAAUAUCAGAGGCUGUAACAAGUGAUCGUCUAUUGACACAUUAAGCGGGGUGCUCAAAGUAUUCUAUUUAUUUUCACGUCAUAUCAGUAGGUGCAUUCCUUUUUUUGUAAAAUAGAUUUAAGUUAAACUAUACCAGUGCCAACAAUGUUUUUGUCAGUUAAACUGACCGCGUUCAGGGUUUCGAUUGGAUUGCUUGAAUCCGCUGUCCUUUGUAAGCAAAUGCGCGUUUAGCACGUAUCAUUGAAAGUUGUGGAAACAUCGGUCGUCCAAGCCCGUGCCGUGCCCUGCACAGUCGACAACUGUGGAUGUGUUACGUCUCCGAUGUUGGACGAGAACAAAAGGAGCACAACGGGUCCAUUGCUCGAGCCGAACCGGCGUGUGUCGGAUCGCAAUUGUUCCAUGCAAUCGUGUGAACACAUGGAGCCAAAUCGGGGAGCGCCCGCGGGUACCACAAGACGGGAUUAUGGCAAGGACGUGCCUCAGUAGGCAUUGAAGAUUUGAAUCGUUGAGAGAGUGCGGGCCGCGUGGACGAGGUCCCUCUUAAGACGGGGGUGGGGAACCUUUUCCUUACCGAGGGUGGGCCGAAUUGGGACUUUGAAAACAACUUUGGCGGGCAACUACACAUUAACACGCACUUAGAGCUAUCCAAAAAUAACACGUAAAAUAAAUGUGCGUGUCUACCGAGUAUAAAAAGGGCCGUUGCAGUGACAGACAUGACUCGGCAUUCUAAAAUUAGAAACGUAGUGUUGCCAGCUCCAACAUUCCCCUCUGACACUUGAUUAGUGCAGCUAAGGUGCUUGUGGUGCCUGAUAGAGCUCUCAUUUGCAGGCAAUUUCGUGUAGCUGCAGACCGUAUGAAAUAAAAGGCGAGCUGUAUCUUCCCCGCGGGCUGUCGGUUCCUCACCCCGCUCUCAGUCAAAAGUCUGGCUUGACGUAUACACUUUGAAAACCACUUUGUUGCAAUGGCAGCGUUAACCAAUAGCUUGCUUUGUCCAAUAGGUGUUGAUUAUUUGAAUGCUGGUUUUGAGGAAAAAAAAUAAUGUUUUUGAAUAUUGAUAGGAUAGAUAUAAACAUAACAGUGUACCUCUAAUAAAAAAUAACCUAUACCACUUCAGACCAAGGCAGUUGUACUUAAAAUUAAUAAAUGGUAUUCAAGAUGCACUAAAUGAGGGUAAGAUAUAUAUUUUUUUGGUAACCAAACAUGGCAAUUAUGUUUGGAUUGUAGGGGAGUAACGAUUCAUCAUUGCCACCUCCAAUUCCCCGUAGAUUCUAUGAAUUGUCGCGAUUUGGGAUCGUGAAAUGCGUUCCACAAUCCUCUCUUUAACUUUGCGGUGUAUGCCGUGGCCUCUAAUGGAUGCAGGGAUCAAGUGGAACUGCACUACGUAAGAAUAUAAUAAAGCAGAGAUUAUCACACACACGACUCGACGCAUGUAUUGUAAGCGUACACAAUGAUCUUAACCAAUCAAUCGGUGCAUCGUUACACCUCUAGUUAAUAUUAGCAGUGGCUGUGAUUUUGGGUGCGUAAUGAACGUGUUAGAGCGAAGCCUGGUGACCAGGUCUUAUUCUUGUGUUUGAUGUUCUGGUGUUUCAAGAGUCCCUGUACGCUGUGCGGUAAUUAACCAGGCUCAACAUUGCAUUGUCACGUCAAGUAUGAAUGCACAUGUUAGCACUGUAAAAUUGUAUAUUCUUAUACUGGUAUGACCAAAUAGGAAACAAAAAAAUAUCCACCCAUUGCAAUUCUAGUAUGGCUGCUCCUGUUUCAAUGCGCGUGCGGCCAAGUGUGCAGUUGUGAUACCAGCUCAAGUUCACGGAUGGCGCUGGGUGCAAGGUUUAGUGUACAUUGAUGAGCUCGAACACUGGCACGAGCUCAACAUCAUCAGGCUCUCAAGUAAGAGUGGAUUAAUCCCACCCAACUGUGGCGAUUCAAUGAAUUGCCACGAUUAAGUGGCGCAGUACGAUUCAAGAAUGUAUUCCGUUUUAACAUUACGGUGAACGGUUAACGCCUUCAGUGGCUGACCUCAGGGGUGACUUGACCCCUUUACAUAAAACAUUUUAGGAAUUUAAAAAAACAUCGAUUUCUUAUACAUGCGAAUUCGAUGUGCACAUCGCGAGCCCCCAAGAGUCGAUAUAAAUCGGUGAAUCGAUGCAUCAAUCCACCCCUGCUCUGAAGCGGUUCAAAUCAUCUUGGCAUGCAUGCAACAUGCACAGCGUGUAUUUGUCGGACCAGUGGUCACAGUGCAAAGCUGUGUGUCGUGUGCACUAAAUACAACUCUCGAUGUACGUCGUGACACACGUGUGCUUGCGUUUUUCAUAAGUUAUCAAUCAAAGAUUGCUGGCUUAUCUGCAGUAGUAAUGCUCCGGAUUAAUAAAAAAAAGACCCAUACAAUUGA